UAAUAAAUCCGUCUGCACCCACGCUCACAGGAAUGAUUGCCAAUUAUUCCAGGGGGCCCUUAAUCACCGUUUAUCUCCAUACACGAAGUUUCUUUCAUGAUCUAUCACCCAAGGCGUAAGCCAAUCCGUUUUUUAGUCUGGAAGCUCAAGAGGUAACAGAGGUUUUUCUUUGAAACGAAUGGCUGCCAGUGUUUGGAGGCCCUGUCAUCAGUUCGACCAUUAGGUUUGUUUGCCGAGGCAAGGGGUGAAGAGGUAGCCCUCCUGACCUUACAUCUGCACAUCGAGAUAAUAUGACGGUCUAGCAGCGCUGUAUAUACUAUAUGCGCCUAGCCUUCUCGAAGGAAGUUUUAUGCACGUUUUUCCCUAUUGGGCCUGGUGAAUCUGCGCAUCUGCGCCCGCAACCCGACGUUUACUAUCACAAACCUACCCAACUGAACGGGACUGUCAUCACAAAGCUUGAUCGAGUCCGACAGUCCGCGUGUGACGGACCGGAAGACCCAGACAGCCUGACCGUGCCAAUGACGCUGUUUUCCCCCGACUAGACGGCUGAAAUGUUGCGGUGGUUUCGGAGGCGAUGGCGUCGGUGGUUGCCGGUGGGUUGUUUAGCCGCGGUGGUGCUCAUCAACGCUGUGGUGAGAGGAAAGGCGGGACCGGAGGGCGUCGAUGAUAAGGCCCGAGCAGCUGGGCUCAAACACCAGGUCAUGGGCGUUGCUUCGCCGUUGGCGGCAAAUGUGGGGUUCAGGAAGAGCCUGCAAGCCUACUCAGAGAACGGCCCUGGGUCCCCAAACAGUGUGGACCGCAUCAAGAGUCCAAUGAGAUCGGACGGGCGCAGCAGUCAGUCCAAUCCUGCGCUAGGUCAUGGGUCCCCACCAUCAGAGCACGGACGGCAGCGGCAGCAAGAGCCACGUUUCAAAAUCUUUGUGUACGACCUGCCGCCGCGCUUUAACACCAACCUGAGCGCCUGCGCGGAGACUAACUCGGAUGGCUGCUACAAAUUCGACAAUUUCGGCAUGGGGCCAGAGCUGCGGCGGCACGACCACCUGACAUAUCGCAACACCCACCAACUGUCAACUGAAAUCAUUAUCCAUGAAAAAAUGCUACGCAGCCGGUACCGAACGCUGGAUGCCGUAAAGGCGGAUGCGUUCUAUGUGCCGUUUUACGCUGCCCUGGCGUGUACCUGCAAGAUGAAUGCCGACAUGGAUAUGACUGAACUGUAUGCGGAUUUAUGGCGUUCCCUUGAGUCUGCUUCGCCGUACUUUGGAAGCUCAGGGCCCCCGAGGAGGCCACACUUCAUGGCUCUGGGAAAAAUUGAGCGUGAAUUUUGGACAAGCAAUUGCCCACUUCUUCGCGAUACGGAACGGACAGGUGGGAUUACGUUCAUCGGCGUGGAGGAGGAAGUGAACGAGGAGUUGAGAAAAUAUUUCAAAAGAACCAACAAACGAAUGAUCGUGGCCCCAUACCCAAGCUACGGUCACUUCGAUUCGAGUUAUACCCAGUCUCUUGGGGACUACAGUCGAGCUGCUUUCCCCAGUGAUAUCGAAAAGACCACGAGAGACGUGCGAAUAUUCAUGGCGGUCGGGAGCCGCAAGGGACACGACGUGCGGGUGAUUUUGAAGCGCCAAAUGACAGGUACCUCUCGGCGGUACGCCACCUUCACCGCGUCCUCCGGCAAGCAGCGGCGGUACGCGGUGUGGUACAGCACCCCCGAGUGCCGGCGAGACAUGCAGCUACCCAUUGUGGACUGGAUGCGGCACUCAGUCUUCUGCUUGCAGCCUCCGGGAGACUCUCUGACAAGGAAGUCCUUUUACGAUGCUGUCAUGGCCGGCUGCAUUCCCGUCACGUUCAAGCCCAAGAAACGCUCGGCCUCUGUGACCUACCCGUUUCAGGACCAACUUGACUACACGCGUUUCACGGUCAACAUACCACUGGACGACGUCUUAUCUGGAUCCGUUCGUGUCAUGGACCGACUGCGGAUCAUCCCCGAAUCUCGCAUUGCCGAUAUGCAGCGCCGAUUAGCGGACGCCGCCCCUAAGUUACAGUACUCGCACCCGCCCACGUCUGAAGAUGGUGACGCAUUUACUAAGAUUAUGGAACAAAUGCAGCGAAUAGCAGCAUAACUCCCUUCUUGAUUGGCACCGUAUUCUGUUGCUGUUGCUGCUAAUUUAAGGGACCGAGUCAGUGACUGCUUAUUUUAGCUCUCAAUGGACAUAGGCCUACAUGUAAUGUGAUUGCCGAAUGACCCAGAGGUCAGUACUUCCGCACGAGCAUGUCAAGUGCUCACAGGAUGCACAGUGUGCAGUGUAUAUACGUAAAUUGAUGAUGGAAGUAUUAAGCCUUGCUUCCGAGAAGUUUUUAAAGAGAUGCGUAUGUCACCCAGCGGUCUUGCAUGGGGCGUAGGCCUCGAUAAUGUUGCAGUCAGGUCGUCCUCACAGUUGUGACCUACGCACAUUCAAAAGAGAGCAGUGGAACGCCUAUUAUGGAAGCCUAAGCCAAAUAAAUCGAUGAUGUAGGAUCAGCGGUGGGCUUAAAUCGAACCAGUGACCCACAUUUUAGUAAAAUUUAUCGGAUAUGGAGCGCCAAACUAUCAUUCUUACAUGUAUUAUCAAUAUAAUGAUGGUGUCAUGGCAUAGUAAAUACAGGAUGCUAGUGCGUAAGUGUAAGUGUACGACAUGACACUUUAAUGAAAAUCCCCGUCAUCCUAUUGGUCGAUCUUAGAUCACAUGUUAUGAAUUAUUUGUCCCGAGGCACCGGAAAUUCAGUCCUCGUCGUCCUGUAAAUGAACAACUUUGAUCCCCGAUUUCACUCGUCACCAAGGGUGGUGGAAACGAGCAAAAUAAUCAUUGUUAGAUGCACGCGUCGCAGUCUUAAUGUGCCUUAAUGCAGCUCUUCCGAUAAAUUCGAAGGAUCGUUCCUUUUAAAUAGUUCAGGGGCAGGUCCAAGGGGGCGUGGGGGCGCACGCCCCCUUUUUUCACCCCCCCCAUAAAUAAAUAUACAUGUACAGAGAAGGAGAAGAGGGAGUGGAAGAAAAAGAGCGGGGACCCAGUGUCAUAAAUGUGACGAAGGCGUAAGAAACAACAGUUGUGCUUCCGGUUACCCAACUUCCUUAAUUUUACAGCUGCGAUCCUAAAAAUUUUAGUUCACGCCCCCCUGUCCCUGUUGGAAAAUCCUGGAUCCGGUCGGUCUUGCAGCUGAAGAAAUAUCUGAAUGUUGCUAAGAAAAGAAUCACAUUCUUGUAUGCCAAAGCAUCCGAGGAAAUAGCCGAAAAAACAUUGUCUGGGCUAUAGAAUCUGUUGCUGAUUUGGACAACUUCUUGUCGCGAUUUUACGUUGGAAUGUGAGAAGGGAAAACGGAAAUUUACAAAUCAGAUUAGGAGGAUUUAAACCAAAUAAUGUUUCCCUUGCUUGAAAUGGAAAGAAUAAUUUCAUUCGAUGGAGGUUGUCAGCUCAUGAAAUUAGAAAGGUGCACAUUUUACUCCGUAAAACGAAAUUUAAAGUUGAGAAAUCCACCUUGGUUUUAAGUUAGUGACGAGGCAAAGAACAUAGUGAAAUUGUAACCUUUGGAACUCAAGCAAGCCUUUCCAAUUCCCCAUUACUUGACGAUGGUAGACAUAUUGUCCCGUAUACAGGCGUUCAUAAUGAAGUUAUAAAUUCUUAAUUCAUCGGUUGGAAAACGUUCAAAACAAAUUUCAAGACGCUAUUCCCACUACUAAACGUGACAAAGUUGUCAACAGUCAUGCUUCACUUUAAGUGUGACUUGCUUAGAUCAUGCUUUGAUGUCUGAGCGUCACUUCUAUUUUCGCACUUAAGCAGAAGACAAGCAAGAUAACUUGGUUAUCUGCUCGACCGUUGCAAUUUGUUUUUCACUUUUGUAUCUGACAUUCAGUUCAUGAACCAAUCACUUGUUUCAAUCGGAAUUUGUCCAGUUUGCACAUAAGGAGGUCCCAGUCAUGUUUUGUUUCUGUCUAGCCUCGUCGCCACGUUGGGAGAGAGAAUAGAACGUCAAGUGCAGUCAGUAGACGAUGAGUCAUUGUCUCUAUCAGAUUACCCCUAACUCUAUGAAAUGCUUGGCUGUUACCUUGAUACAUAUCGACCCAAUGUGCGCCAAAUACAGGAUCGAAUACUGCCAUAUUGUCAACGCCUGAAGUGCCAACUGUAUAAAUAACAAGCAGUUCGAAUUUGACCGUAACAUACUUUACGCUGUGCCAAAAAUAAGUGCACGCUAAAUCUGAAAGAUAAACUUUCUAUAAAUGCAUGUAAUAGUUUUGAAUUUCUAUCUCCUUAUUUUGUCUAACAUGAAACGAGUUUUCAAAUAUUAGAAUACAUGUACAUGUAUAUCAAAGUAUCCAUGGACCUGGGAUUUUUUUAGUUAUGCUGUCUUUACACCUUAUUAUAUAAGGUACAUAUUUACUUGCUUUCUUUCUGUUGUACCAAUGGAAAAUGGAUUCAAAUAAAGAUUUCAAGCUCAUUUA